ACAAACAUGUAUUUCUCGUGUAAUUGCAUUUCUCGCUGAACCACGUCGUAUGACCCCAAGAGGCAUUUCCGCUUCCUUCUGACAAACAGCAACACACAACGACGUUGCCGUGGACGCUGCUGCACCGGUAUCACAUCACCAUACCUUCCUCGCCACGACAAGAUACGACUCGACACCACACGCCCGACCUGAAUCUUCGGACUCGCAAAAGGCACUCCUUCUGUUCUCAGUCUUCUUCUACCAUCAAUCAACCACAGAUACCGCACACCUCUUCAUCAUCAACUUGGAGAGCGUCACGCACGCGGGAGAGAAAUCGCGGCCAAAAUGGCGAACGAUGAGGACGUCGCGACUUUCACAGCGUUCACGUCAGGCACACCCGAGCAGGCGCUGAGAUUCCUACAACUCACAGACAACAAUGUGGAGCAGGCUGUUGAGCUUUUCUUCAGCAGUCCAGAUCUUGGUAAUGCUGCAGCUGCAGCUGGAGGAGUGAACUCGCAGCCUCCCGCACAAGUCGGGCCAGGAGAGCCCAUCACAAUCGAUAGCGACGAUGACGAUGACUUUCAAGAGACGGUCGCGUCGGCCUCGCGGCCGCAGCACAAUGUGGAGGAUGACGAGGCAAUGGCGCGGCGGUUGCAGGAAGAGAUGUACGGGAGUGGCGGCGCUGGCGGAGCUGGCGCGGGCGAGGACGAUGUGAGAGCACCGAUGGCGAGGACGACGGAGACUCUGGUGGGCCCAGGAAGCUAUGGCGGUGGAGGUGGUUUUGACCCGAACGAUGCUGGACAGAUGAACGCGGCCAUUGCCCAGCAGCUCAUGCAGCGACAGCAGAUGCGGAGUCAUCGUGCAGCGCCGGGUAUCUUCAAUCAGCGCGACACACGCUCGAUAUGGAACAAUGACGACCCCACAGAUUCCGAGGCGCAUCGAAGGACGCUGUCACGGGCGACUGGCGGCUCGUCAGAACAGUCUGCCAAAGCGAGCCAUCUUGCUGAGCUCUUCAGACCGCCAGUGGAUCUCAUCACGCCUCUUUCACUGGCAGAUGCGCGAGAUGAGGGCAAAGAAGAGGAGAAGUGGCUCCUGGUCAACGUGCAGGACCCCUCCAUCUUCGACUGUCAGGUGCUCAAUCGAGACAUCUGGAAGAACGAUCAGAUUCGCGAGACCAUCAAGGAGCACUUUCUCUUUCUGCAAUACAACAAGGACGAUCCGCGGGGCAGCGACUAUGUGAAUUACUAUUUCUCGAGCAACCGCGACAACGAAGCUGCAUACCCCCACAUUGCUAUCAUUGAUCCACGCACGGGCGAGCAAGUCAAGACAUGGUCUGGCUCACCGGCACCCAAGGCUGCCGACUUUCUGAUGGAUCUACAUGAAUUCCUUGACCGCUACAGCUUGAAGAUAGGGCAGAAGAACCCGGUACAGACGAAGCGAAAGGAGCCAAAGAAGGAUAUCAGCACCAUGAGUGAAGAGGAGCAGCUCGAGUUGGCCAUGCAAGCGAGUAUGGGAGCGGGUAGUGCUGCGCCGAAAGAAGAAGAUCCAGACACUUUGACCAAGACGAACGGCAAGGGAAAGGCACCCGCCACGCAAGUGGGCAACAGCAGCGCUAUGGAAGUCGACGAAGUGUCAGCGUCAGAGACUCGGGACACACCAUUCUCGAGAAUCGCAAGUUCCAACGUCCACGAAGAGCCCACAAGCACAGGUCCGGAGACUACGCGGAUACAAUUCCGGCACUCGGGAGGACGUAUCAUUCGCCGCUUCAACAUUGCAGAUCCUGUGAGGAGGAUCUACGAAUGGUUGAAGUCGAGUCCGGUGGAGGGUCAUGCUGGGCAUGCAUUUGAGCUCAUCAGCUUGGGCAAGAACUUGAUUGACCAGCUGGAUGUCUCAAUCGCAGAUGCUGGUCUCAAGCAAGGAACUGUCAUGGUGGAGUUCAUUGAAGAUGAAUAGGGAAGUUCUCGGUAUGCGUGGACCCAUUGCGGUGCAAAUGGCCAGAAUACGCUCGUGGAGGUAAUAUGUUGAGCCGGGGAAUGGCUUCAGACAUCCAUAGUGGCAUAGCAGCGGUACAUGAUUUGAGCUUUUCAGAGGGCAUAGACGUCGGUGAGACGAUGCAAUGGCAGGCCCCAGAAGAAGAGCUGAAUGCUUAUGAAGCUUUCUCGAGAUAUACUAGAUGGAAGAGCGUAUAGCGUUUGAGUCGCUCUACUCGCUCGCUGAAAUGUAUGAAUGAAUGCAUAAAGGAUCCAUCAGAG